AUGGCUGAGCACCUGCACUAUGGAGACCUUUCCGGGUCCCUCGGAGCUGCUGGGGAAGAGCGGGAGGCCUUCAGCGGUUCCAACAUCCAUGUGCCCUCCGACGCGGACAUCGUCGCAGGAGCUGCCGAUGACAUGGCCCGUGCUCGGCAGCAGCACGAGGAGGCGGUGCGGGCCUUCGAGCAGAAGCGCACCCAGCGAGAGCUGGCGGUGCCCACUGGGGACGUGCAGGUAAAGGCCAAGCUCCGCGAGUUUGGCGAGCCGGUGUGCAUCUUCGGCGAGGGCCCCUACGAGCGCAGAGACCGCUUGCGGACCAUCAUGGCGGGCCGUACCGCUCCGACCUUGGACGCAAAGAGGCAGGAGUCGACCGGGGACGAGGACCUCUUCUACACGGAGGGCUUGGAGGAGCUGCUGGAGGCUCGCGUGAAGAUCGCCGAAUGGUCCUUGGCCAGAGCAAACCAACGGCUGGUCAAAGAGCGGCGCCAGCGGAUGGAUGAAGACCCUGUAGAGUACGAGGAGCGGGUGGACCGCUUUUCAAUGUUUUUGCAGAAAUCCAUGGUCGCCGAAGUGUCACAGGUGGGUGAUGAACGGCCACUGACACAAGGGAAAUUCUCGCCUGACGCUUCGCUUUUCUGCACAGCUUCGUGGUCCGGCUUCAUCAAGCUCUGGAAGACCCCUUCGUGUGAUCCCGUCCUUACCAUCCGUGUUGGCGAAGACAGGUGCAACAGCGUGGCAUGGCACCCAAGUUGCAAAGGCACGCCUCCAUUCGAGGGCAACACGGUCCGCCUUGCUUCAGCUUCAGCAGACUCCAGGAUUAGCCUCUGGUCUUUGUCCGAAAGCCAGCCGGUCAAUGUGCUAGAGGGCCACGAGGACCGAGUCAACAGAGUGGUGUUCCACCCCAUGGGCGAGCACGUGAUUUCCACAUCGCAUGAUAUGAGCUGGCGCUUGUGGGAUGUCGAGACUACCACGGAGCUGCUGCUGCAGGAAGGUCACUCACGACCAGUCUAUGGCUGCUCAGUGCACCCCGAUGGUUCUCUUGUGGCGACCAGCGACCUAGGCGGUGUUGUUCGCGUCUGGGACUUGCGAAGUGGCAAGACCGUUAUGCCCCUUGCAGCGCAUGGCAAGCAGGUGCUUGCGGUCGACUUCCAUCCACGCGGCACCAUCCUUGCAACAGCCAGCGACGAUCACAGCAUGCGCGUCUGGGAUCUGCGGAAGAGGAGGUGCACGCACAACCUUCUGCUCCACAACAAACUCAUCUCAGAGGUGAGCUUUGAGAAGGGGGAAGGGCGCCUGGUCCUGACCUCCAGCUACGACGGCACGGUGAAGAUCUGCUCCACCACAGACUGGAAAGUCGUGAAGGUCCUCAUUGGUCACGAGGGCCGAGUUAUGGGUGCCGACCAUAUCCCUGCAGCAGUAGGUGGCCACCACUACAUCGGCUCCGUGGCCUUCGACCGGACCCUGAAAUUUUGGUCCACGCAGGGCAAGGCCGAGCCUCCUGUCGAUGCCACUGCCUUCAUGACCUGA